UGUGUGAUUCGGUGAAAUAGAAACCAGAAAUGGAAAUGCUUACCAUUUGCUCCGCUUCAAGCCACCGUCAUUUCUUCAGUCUUUUCAUUUCCAAAAGUUUGAUUUCAGAUUCAUUUCAAGCUUCUAUCUUGCCCCCGAAGUUUCAUCCCCUCCGCCGCCCGUUACCCUUCCGCCUCCUUUCGAAUCGCACCACGCGUCCGCCACUUAGUAUCUCAGCCGUCCCCCGUCCACCUUCUCCGCCUGAGCCAGUCCCCCCAGGGUUAGUGGGAGAGAUGAAUAGAUUUCAGGAUCAUGCGCGGAUCUUCUUUGCUGUUCUUUUCUGGAUGUCUCUGUUCUUCUGGUACUCUGCAUGGGACGGGAGGAAUUCUGGUAAACCUAAUAAAGGAUCUGGAUUUAGGAGGUGAACUAGUAAGAGAUUUGAUCCUGUAUGUAAAAAUGAGAGAUAGAUUAGUACUAGAUGUACAUGUGGAAUAUUCAAAUAUAGAUAAAGAACGUCAACUUUGUUAUUUCCUCUCUCUUUUGUUACUCCAGGGAAACAUUUUCCUGUAAUAUC